CAAUGUGUGAUGGACAGCUCCGCCCGCAAAACCAAAGCCUCCAGAAAAAGCCAACAGAUUUUCAACUCCAACUACUCCCAAGCACACAACCCAAACCUUCAAAGACCCACACAGAGAGCUAUGGAGUGACUCACUACCAUUUCAACUGUCUAAGUUUCUCCGAUUGCGGAACCUCCGAUGGCUUCAAUUUCCGGCAUUUAUUCCUCUUCUCCGACUCUGCAACCGCGGCUGAGACCGGCGGCGAGUCUAUUACGUAAAGACUCCGUUUCGUUUCCGACGGCCGGGCCCAGGCCCGGCGAUCGGAGCUUGUUCGCUCAGUCGGUGGCGCGGGAGAUCAAGGCCGAGUUGGCAAAGGUUGACGGCGAUGGCGCUGUGAUUAAGGAGAAGAAGAAGAAGGUUCUGGAGAAGGAUCCUCGGGCGUUGUGGCGGAGGUACGUGGACUGGUUGUACCAGCACAAGGAGCUGGGGCUAUAUUUGGAUGUGAGUCGGGUCGGGUUUACCGACGAGUUCGUCGCGGAAAUGGAGCCCCGGCUCCAGGCGGCGUUUAAGGCGAUGGAUGACCUGGAGAAAGGCGCGAUUGCGAAUCCCGAUGAGGGGCGGAUGGUCGGGCAUUACUGGCUGAGAGACCCUAAGCUGGCGCCGAAACCGAUACUCACGGUUCAGAUUGAGAACACGCUCGAGGCGCUGCUGAAGUUCUCCGGCGACGUCGUCAGCGGUAAGAUUAAGCCGCCGGCUUCUUCGGAGGGUCGUUUUACUCAGGUUCUUUCGGUUGGAAUCGGAGGCUCGGCACUUGGACCACAGUUUGUUGCUGAGGCAUUGGCGCCUGAUGUUCCUCCUCUUAAGAUACGAUUCAUUGACAAUACCGAUCCAGCAGGAAUUGAUCAUCAGAUUGCACAGCUCGGUGAAGAGCUGGCUUCUACUCUUGUAAUUGUGAUUUCAAAGAGUGGAGGUACUCCGGAAACUAGAAAUGGUUUACUCGAAGUACAGAAGGCCUUUCGUGAGGCUGGCCUAAAUUUCGCAAAACAGGGAGUGGCUAUCACUCAAGAAAAUUCAUUAUUAGACAACACUGCUAGAAUUGAGGGCUGGUUAGCUAGAUUCCCAAUGUUUGACUGGGUUGGUGGAAGAACAUCUGAAAUGUCUGCAGUUGGUCUUCUUCCAGCAGCGCUUCAGGGAAUUGACAUUAAAGAAAUGCUCGCUGGUGGAAAGUUGAUGGAUGAAGCUAAUAGAACCACUGUGGUUAAGAAUAAUCCUGCCGCCUUGCUUGCUUUAUGCUGGUAUUGGGCUACUGAUGGAUUGGGAUCCAAGGAUAUGGUUGUUCUUCCUUACAAGGACAGCCUAUUAUUAUUUAGUCGGUAUUUGCAGCAGUUGGUCAUGGAAUCUAUUGGGAAAGAAUUUGACCUUGAUGGUAAUCGGGUGAAUCAAGGACUUACAGUGUACGGAAACAAAGGGAGCACGGAUCAGCAUGCAUACAUCCAACAACUGAGAGAUGGCGUGCACAAUUUCUUUGUGACAUUCAUUGAAGUACUACGAGAUAGGCCUCCUGGUCAUGAUUGGGAGCUUGAACCAGGUGUCACAUGUGGUGACUAUCUAUUUGGAAUGCUACAGGGAACACGAUCGGCUCUUUAUUCUAAUGACCGAGAGUCGAUUACGGUUUCUGUGGAAGAAGUGACACCUAGAUCUGUAGGUGCUCUUAUAGCACUUUAUGAGAGAGCGGUUGGGAUUUAUGCCAUACUUGUCAACAUUAAUGCUUACCAUCAACCUGGUGUGGAGGCCGGGAAGAAAGCAGCCGGAGAAGUAUUAGCUCUUCAGAAACGGGUUUUAUCCGUACUUAAUGAGGCCAGCUGUAAAGAGCCUGUUGAGCCAUUGACACUAGAUGAAGUAGCCGAUCGGUGCCACGCUGCUGAAGAUAUUGAAAUAAUUUACAAGAUCAUCGCUCACAUGGCGGCAAAUGACAGAGCUCUUAUUGCUGAAGGCAGUUGCGGUUCACCACGGAGUGUCAAAGUUUUCCUCGGCGAGUGUAAUGUGGAGGCAUUAUAUUGAUUUCUUUCAUCUCCAAUCUCCAUGUGCCAUAGAAAAAAAUAACAGAGCAGAACAGAGAGUACAUCUCCAUGUGCCAUAAACGAAGAGAUCAUCUCCAUGUAUUAGCAAGCAUUAUUUAAUUUCAGCCCCAUUGUAUUUUUGUUAAUUUCAGAAUCGAGAAUCUGGUUAAAUUAAGCUUGGAAAUAAAAUUCCAGUACGAGGCUCUGUGAUUCCACCGUUGUCACAAACUACAGUUUCUAGACGUUAUUGGGGAAUAAGCUGGUUUAACAGAAAUAUUAUACAAAUUAAUCUUGGGGUCAUAA